AUGACACAACCAGCCACAGAAACAGAUUCAUCAACUAGAGUAUCUGGUAACUGCUCACUCCAGCCAUCAUCUCUGCUAGUCUCAUCAUCCACAGCUUCCCUCUCAGGACUAGAUUCUUGGCGGUGUCUUGAGUGCACUGUUUGUGAAGCCUGUGGGAAAGCUACAGAUCCAGGAAGACUCCUUCUUUGUGAUGAUUGUGACAUAAGUUAUCACACCUACUGCCUAGACCCUCCACUGCAGACAGUUCCCAAAGGAGGCUGGAAGUGCAAAUGGUGUGUUUGGUGCAGACACUGUGGAGCAACAUCUCCUGGUCUGAGGUGUGAAUGGCAAAAUAAUUACUCACAGUGUGCUCCUUGUGCAAGCCUAUCCUCAUGCCCGGUCUGCUGCCAAAACUAUCGAGAAGAAGAUCUUAUCCUGCAAUGUAGACAGUGUGAUAGAUGGAUACAUGCAGUUUGUCAAAAUUUAAGUACUGAGGAGGAAGUGGAAAAUGUAGCAGACAUUGGUUUUGACUGUAGCAUGUGCAGACCCUACAUACCGACAUCAAAUGUGCCUUCCUCAGACUGCUGUGAUUCUUCACUUAUAGCACAAAUUGUCACAAAAGUAAAAGAGCUAGAUCCACCCAAAACCUACACCCAGGAUGGUGUGUGCUUGACCGAAUCAGGGAUGACCCAGUUACAGAGUCUCACAGUUACAGUUCCAAGAAGAAAACGAUCCAAACCAAAGUUAAAAUUGAAGAUUAUCAAUCAGAAUAGUGUGGCUGUCCUUCAGACCCCUCCAGACAUCCAGUCAGAGCACUCAAGGGAUGGCAAGAUGGAUGAUAGUAGAGGUGAACUUAUGGAUUGUGAUGGAAAAUCAGAAUCUAGUACUUAA